AAGGUGGCAGUAAUGUUCCUAUAACGUUACAUUCCAGUGUCCCACAAGAAGCCUACAUCAUCAACAGGCGACUCAGUAGCAUCCAUCCAGCCCCGACGAAAAUCGUUUUUCAGCAAUAACAAACUACAGCUUCGCAUCCGUAUUGAAACUGGUAUUCUCAACAGACAUUUCUAAGCAACAUUACGCAAUUUGGCUUUAAUAAUUCGAUUGUAGACUACUUAGUGCAUGAAAAGCAAAAAUGGCGAUAAUGGCGGACUGUGUUGGCUUUCAAUCGCAGAUAGCCUCGAUAAUGGAGGUGCUAGCCAAUUCUGCUGUGGUCGAGAUAUGCAAAAUUAUUGAUGAUGGUUACACUGCUCUGCGUUCGCAAAUGGAGCAGGAAAGAGGGCAACUUGAACAGGAGAGAGAACAAAGCGAGAAAGAGAAAUAUGUUCUCAGAAGAAAAUUACGCGAAAUGGACGUUAAGAUGCGGAGCUAUGAGCGAAGACUCCGGCGACGCGACUUGCGGAGUGAAAUUCAAGCAGUUCAUUUCAGACCACCCGAAGUGUCUUCAAUUGCCCUGUCAGUGAGCAAUGAACAGACCCGAGGGCCCCUGGGUUCAAUCGAGGACCAUUCACAAUUCCAUCACAUGCCCCAGGAGGAGCGAGCCGCAUUGUCCCUAAUCAAGCAGGAACGUGUGGACAGUUGCGAUGUUGACCUAAAAGUUGAACUAAAUAGUGCAGAGAGUAGAUCCAUAAUUCCAGAAACCGUCAAAGACGACACUGAGAGACAGAGCGUGGCCGAAACUCACACUUCACCAACAGUGGUUCCAGAGGACCCUACAGAGACAGCUAGUGGAUCCAGCGCCAUCCUCAAGUCAGAGACAGAAGCAGAGGGCGUGAACCAGAGGACCCAGCUACCAGCGGGACCCGACCUUGGCGCAGAUUUACUGAACAGCCCGGGAUUGGACCUGGCUCUGAUGCAGGAGCGGGUUCUGAGUCACCUGGGUCUUUCUUUGGCCCAGGCAGCGGCCUCAAACGCAGAGAUCGCCGGGCAUCCAUCUUGCUCCUACCAGACACAGGCGGAUGUGGAGAGCCAGUCGAGGCAGUUUCCCGGGAGUGAAAUGGGCGUCUUCGCCCCGUUUGACAUGACGGCCCCACCUCCCGCCGCACCGCCGGUGAUUCAGAGGCAGCCGCACAGAGACGCGGCGGCAAGCGAGCCGAUGGGAUGUAACUUCUGCGGCCGCAUCUUCCGCAGCCAGGCAUGUCUUGAGGUGCACCAGCGGGUCCACACAGGACAGCGGCCGUUCAGCUGCCCACACUGCGGCAAGUCGUUUGCGCAGCCCAACAACCUCCGGGUGCACCUGCUGAUUCACAGCGGCGAGAGGCGGUACCGUUGCUCAAUCUGCGGGAAGAGUUUCAUCUCGUCGAGUCACCUCAAAAGACACAGGACCGUUCACACCCAAGAGAAACCGUACGUCUGCUCUCGGUGUGGCCAGUCGUUCACUCAGCUCUGCAGCGUCCGGCGGCACAGACAGCAGUCGCGGUGUGGCGAGCCGCCUCGCCCUCAGAACGAACUCUCAGCUUGACCGUAGAAUAGGUGUCGUAUGUGUGUUAGCUGUAUCUGAAGUGAUCUACACUAGCUAUAGAUUUUUAGCUCAAAACAUUUAGCCUUUUAGUCUCUUGGAUGCUAGGUCCAUAUAGUCGAGAAAUGUAUGGUAUUAACUCCAAAUUAAUAUUUACCUAAAAAUGACAGUGUCAUUAGUUUAAUGUGACUGUAUGUAGUACAAUACAUCUACAGUAUUUCUCACCUUGGUCAUAAGACAGUACGAAAAUGAGGCCUCUGGCGUUAUCCCUUGUUCUUCCUACUUAAAGAAGUCCAGAAGGACAAAGCAGGAUUCUGCAGAGACCACUUUGGAUUGGACGGAACUCUGGCAUUGCUGAUUUCACUGUAUGACUGAAUCACAAAGACAAUGCAUCUGAUUCUUAUUAUUUAUUUUUUGCAUGUUUUAAAGGCCUACACACAAUCAUUUUGAAAAUACACCUUAGAUGUCACACAAGUGAGGGAAAAAAUUUAAGUACACUGUCUGUGAACAGGACACAUUCAGGUAUUUCGAGGUGUUUCAGAGAAGUGUUUAUACUGGAGAGAAAGUACAGGUUUUUGCUGUCAAUGAAGUGUUAAAUAAAUUCCUGAAAAUGUU